AAAACACUUUAUAGAUUAUUUUUACGUGACGUUGCCGGUCAGUGACGGGAUGUUUACGUUGAGCAUGGUGUAAAUCGACCUGUAGUGUCAAUAGCGGUGUGACUUUCUAACUAUCGAUAGUCGUUCACUAGAAAUGGACUGGCGCUAUUCUAGUGAAGACGAGUUAUCAGCCCUAGAUGGCAUAAAUGAGCAGACACAGAAUUUGGAGCGAGCUGUGCUGAGGGAAAAUGAAAUUAAUAUAAAUCUGCGGGAUGUACUGCAGAAAAUGCGUGCCGAAAUUAAAGCUACUGAAGAACAGUUAAGUACCUAUAGAGAAGAUAUUAAAGCAACUCUCAACAGACAGAGAAUUGUGGAGAAUAGUAUUCAAAGCACGAACGAUUCAUCCCUUUUGGUGGAAAAGCUACGAUGUGACCUCAAAAAGCAGGUGACUCUUGAACAAAUAAGAACUGAAGAACAAACAGAAAGAAAAAUUCAAGAAGAAAUUGAUAAAAAAAGGAAAGAGAUAACAGAAAUUCAAUCUAAACUUCCCUGUGAGAAAGAGAAGACAGUGUCUGUGAAGCAGAUUGAGUCUGUACAGAAAGUUGGUUUACCACAUACGAAAGUUGUACCAGCUGUCCAGUCACCUAAUGUCACAUCUGACAUGGAUCGAAAGAUGACAAAAAAAGUUCCCAAGGCAAGAGAUUUGACCAAGAAUCUAUUAUUUUCACCUCUGGAAAUGACUCAUAUUGAACUACCACAGCUAAAGCAGCAAAAGCAGCUCUUAGGGCAACAAGGGGAACAAGAGCAGAGUCAUCUUAUGCAUCAGCAAGUACAUGAACAAAGGCAAGAUGACCAGACUCAUAUACUCCAAGAUCUGCAGACAUCAGAACAACUGCAGCAGCAACAACAACAACAACAGCAACUACAACCACUGCAGGAGCAGUGCUUUUGGCAACAGGAGGAGCACCAGCAGGACAAGAACGAUCCACAGCAGUGUCAAAAUGAAGCUCCAACAGAACAUGUUACAGACAUGCAAACAGAUGAUGAACCAGCUGGGGAAAUGAGAAGCUCCAGUCAACCUUUAAGUGACAAUAGUGAUAUAUGUGCUCACAGAAGUAAUAUUAAUAAUGUGCUGAUAGCAGGAGAACCACGUUUAGCUUGCCAGCCACAAACAAUAGCUUAUCAAACCUUACUAACUGUAGCAGCAGAACCAACACUAUCUACUGAUGAAACACAGAUGUCACCAACAGCAACAUUACCUUCUCUAGAAACAACAGCAAUUACAGAAGGAGCAUUAUUGUCACCCCAACAAACAUCACAACUACUAUUACCAGAGUCAGUUGUUAUGCCAUCACUAAUGACAGAAGCAUCAGCCUCCACAACUUCGGUAGAAGAAGAAACUAUAGCAAUAGCAGCACCAAUAGAAGACUCCUGUGCCCCACCAUCAACAUCUCAACAGGCCACAACCACAGUCUCCAAGGUCUCAUCUCCAGCAUCACCUGAAGGAGCAGAAAAAUAA